CGCAGCUUGGAGUUGGUACGAGAUACAUUCGAACGGGCCAUCUCUCAUGUCCAAAAUUGUUUCGGUCCAUGUGGCGAUAAUGACGGAUCCCUUUUCAAGCGUUGGGCAUAUUUUGAAGCAUGUCACGUUAGGGAUCUGCCACGGGCUCGUGCCAUCUGGGUCCGCCUCAUGCAGAUUGGACACAAUGGUCGUCGGGGAGAUUUAUGGAUCGAUCAGAUCAACUUUGAGCGUGACCUUGCACUUUUUCUUUCUGGACAGACGAGUGGCUUUCCAGCGAACCCUAGCACAUCCGUUGUUCUUGCUGAUUCUGAUAACGAUUGUAUUCAAUUUAAGCACCUAUUACGCGUAUGCAGCAUGGCUAUUAAUUCAGUAAGCCCUGAAGUGGGGCCCUCAGAAUUAUCAAUUUCACCAGCUCUCGUAUUCGUCAGCGCCAAUAGAGCUCUUGUUGAAACUGGCCUUAGUCUACCCCGGCUCCGCGAGUUCCUCGUAAAACUGCACGCAAGGUGCCGUCAGCUCGGUAUACCGAGUCCCCCUGCUUCACUUGCCAGCCCUGCUGCUGAUGUCAUUGGUGGCUAUGCCGAAAAACGAAUGCUUCCUAAACCAAUGGAUGAUGGGGUCGAACUGUAUAAGAGUUUUAAACCCACGGACAAACUCAACAAUGAACUACUUCAAACAUCUCAUAAACCUUUGAUGAGGCCUUCACAAAUAAAAAAACGUAGGAUGGAUUCAGCGUCGGAUAAUGAAGCUGGCCCAAAUCAAGCUAAACGGGAUAACUAG